AUAUAAUGUAUUUACCAUUUCCUGUUACGUACAUGCAUCAAUUCUGCGCACAGAAAAAAAAACGAAAUACAAAUGGCGAGCUCGGAUGCUCUCUUGCCCGUCAUCUUCCGACGAAAACCAUCAGAUUCAAUAGCCGACAACCUGAUCAUGGAAAGCCGUCGGAGACAGCCCAUCAAAGUCCAUCGUGCCGUCAUCUUGCUCUUGAUCGCUUUGUACGUAGCUCUCAUCGUUAUACACAACGGAUCCGCAAGCAAGAAUAUUGGAAGUAAUGGAACAACGACGAAGUCACAUGCUCAUUUGGCCGGUGUGUCGGAGAAGAGAAACUUCCGGAAAACAGAACCGUUUGCGUGGAACAAUACAAUGUUGUCGUGGCAACGAACGGCGUUUCAUUUUCAGCCUGAGAAGAACUGGAUGAACGAUCCUAAUGGUCCAUUGUUCUAUAAGGGAUUAUAUCAUUUCUUCUAUCAAUACAAUCCAAAUGGAGACGUCUGGGGCGACAUUGCUUGGGGUCACGCGGUUUCAAUGGAUCUUAUACACUGGCUUCACCUCCCAUUAGUCAUGGUUCCUGACCAGUGGUACGACGCUAAUGGGGUCUGGACCGGUUCAGCAACUUUGCUCGAUGAUGGCUCCAUUGUCAUGCUAUACACCGGUUCCACCGACAACUUUGUACAGGUUCAAAAUCUUGCCUAUCCUGAAGAUCUUAGUGACCCACUUUUGCUGAAAUGGACCAAGUUCUCUGGCAACCCUGUUCUGGUACCACCUCCAGGUAUCGGAGCCAAGGACUUCCGUGACCCAACAACGGCUUGGGAGACAUUGGGCGGAAAAUGGCGGAUUACAAUUGGUUCCAAGGUCAAUAGAACCGGAAUAUCUAUAGUCUACGAUACUACCGAUUUUAAAACCUACGAGAAGCUAGAUAACUCGUUGCACCAAGUCCCUGAUACGGGAAUGUGGGAGUGCAUUGACUUUUAUCCGGUUUCCAAGACUGAAAUCAUCGGGCUUGGCACUUCUGUCAAUGGGCCGGAUGUGAAACAUAUCCUGAAGGCUAGUAUGGACGAUACUAGGACCGACCAUUAUGCCAUUGGGACAUAUUAUGAUUCAAAUGGAACAUGGAUCCCAGAUGAUCCUAAUUCCGAUGUUGGGAAAAGUACCAGUUUGAGAUAUGAUUACGGGAAAUUUUAUGCGUCGAAAACUUUUUAUGAUCAAAAUAAGAAACGAAGAAUCUUGUGGGGUUGGAUCGGUGAAUCUGACAGUGAAGCUGCUGAUGUACAAAAGGGUUGGUCUUCUGUUCAGGGCAUCCCGAGAACUGUUGCUCUAGACAUGAAAACGGGGAAGAACUUAGUCCAGUGGCCAGUUGAAGAAGUCGAAUCUUUGAGACUGAGCAGCAAGAAGUUCGAAAUGAAGGUUAAACCAGAGACGGUGGUUCAGGUUAACGUCAGUUCCACGGCUCAGCUAGACAUAGAGGCUGAGUUCGAGAUCAACAAAGAAGAUCUCGAGAAAAUCGCUAGAGAUGAAUCCGUGGAGGCUGAAGACGACUUCAGCUGCGAAACAAGCGGAGGUUCAACUGUAAGUGGUUCUUUAGGGCCCUUCGGGUUCUCUGUUCUUACUGAUGAGAACUUAUCGGAACAAACUACGGUUUAUUUCUAUGUGACUAAAGGAAAAGAUUCUAAACUCAAGACUUUCUUCUGUACGGACACCUUAAGGUCUACCAUGGCUACCGAUGUGGUUCGAUCGGUGUACGGAAGCUUUGUACCGGUCCUAGAAGGGGAGAAAUUGACUAUGAGAAUCUUGGUGGAUCAUUCGAUAGUAGAAGGAUUCGGACAAGGCGGGAGAACAUGUAUUACGUCAAGAGUUUAUCCGACAGAAGCCAUCUAUGGAGCUGCUAAGCUCUUCUUGUUCAACAAUGCCCUUAAUGCCACCAUUAUGGCGUCGUUUGAGGUCUGGCAAAUGAACGGUGCUUUUAUUCGUCCUUACUCAGCGGACGAUUUGGUGCUUCAUCACUAAUCAUCAUGAAACUAUGAAAUGCAUAUUGAUUUUCUUCUGCUUUGGACAUUGGCUUGAUCCAAAUUUGAGGGGUUGGAGGGUCUGUAUGUUCAUUAGAAGCUUCAGACAGAUAAUGUAAAGUUAUUGGUUUUCUAGAGUGAUAGAGUUACUGUUGGUUUUCUA